UUUGGCGAUUCAUUUAAUAGCAGGAGAUGUUGCCAGGAAGUUAAUUCCCUUAUGUCUCUAUUUCAACCACACUGCCUUACCAAAACUAGAUUGAGUUUGUACUAUUGAGGAAUAAAAACAAAAUGAGGAUAAUAAAGUGUACGUUAUGUUUGUUCUACGUUGUUUCUAACUGCGCAAAGGUAUCUGAAACAGGUGCAGAUAAUGUUUGUGCUAACAAUACUACUGGAAAACUGGAGUUUGGAAUGGACUGUACCACUAACACACAAUGUACAACUGACGUGUGUCAUUACACCAGAUGUAGCUGCCCAGUGGGAACAUCCUACGACUCAUGCAGUGCUAAGUGUACCCCAAGGAAUGAGUAUAUGAUAAGCUCUGUGGAUUUACCCCUUGGAAAUCACUAUGAUUGGUCGUUCAUCGGACCUGUUGGCAGUUAUGUAACUCUUGUAUUGUAUGAUGUCGACUUUAACACCAAUAACUGCCAAAAUAAUUUUAUUCACGUGACCAGCAUGUAUGACACGUUUCUAAUAAACUUCUGUGCCAAAAAUGACACCACUGUGAGAUAUUUCGCCUCAAGAAAUAAUGUCAUGGGGUUUACUUAUAGGCUCACGGACAGCGGAUACAGAGGUUUUAGGGGAAUGUACUUUAUGCAAAGUAAUCACAAUAUUCUUACAAACUCAUCUGGAUACAUAAUAAGUCCUGGCUUUCCAAAUGGAUAUUUCGAUCAUCUCAAUAUUACGUGGCACAUAUCUGCUAAGGCCGGGCACUUUGUUUCUUUAAGGUUGCUUGAGAUAAAUAUCCCAGCAACGAAUGAUUUUGUGUAUGUUUUUGACGGGCCUAGUAUUUUAUCAAAACAAAUCUUUAAUUUUACUGGCACUAACUUCACAAGGAGGAAGCUGACCUCGACCUCCAACAACAUGCUCAUCAUGUUUAGAAGUUAUUGGAGCUAUAGUGGUACAGGUGUCCUUGCCUUCUACACGAUACAAGGGCAAGCACACGGCCAUGUCUGCAACACUACAGAUGAAUGUUCCGAUGAUCUUGUUUGUCUUGGGCAAGUUUGUAGCUGCCGUGUGGACUUUUUCUACGACGUUACAACGAACCAAUGCAAAAAGACUUUUUCCCACGGAGCAGUGUGUGUACCCAGCAUCUCAAAUAUGUGUGCUAUAGGCUUGACUUGUUUAACAGAUAGAAACAAUAUUUCAAGAUGUCUAUGUACUAGCCACCAAUACGAAAGCCUGGGCUCAUGUUACACGGAUUCAGAAUUAACGACGUCAGUGUCGAGUCAAUCAUUUCCAAAUGUUAUUUACCUGUCGUGGACAACUUUGUCAAGACGUUCUGACCUGACCUACUUUGUGUCAUGGGUAUCCAGUUCAGACAGUGGUCAAACGACUAGCAGAUUAAAAGAGGUGUAUGUAUCUGGCCUGACUCCACAUGAAAGCUACAUAUUCACAAUUACAUCAGUAUUACCAUCAGACAGUUUCUACAACAUUAAAAUUAUGUACACUACAUACAUAGCCGCCAAAGACGAACUUCCGGAAUGUAAAAAUACCUCACAAUGGAAAGAUGCAUCGAGCUAUAGUAAUGGAAGAUCUAUCUCCUCAAAUCUAAGCUGCGCCAAUUCAUCUCUAAGUGCUCUAGCUGGUAACAAGGAAGAUAAAGAAGACACAGUUAAAAUCGUCCUCAUCGUUGUGGCUGCCCUUGGUUGGUUGGUGGCCCUGACGGCUCUGGUUACCAUGACAAUCAAUUGUUUACGAAAUAAAAAGAACAAAGGGACUCAGGCUAAUGAACAGUCUGUGAUGUCAGUAACUAUCAAAGCAAGUAAAAAUGAGUACAAAAAUAUGUCUCAGUCAGUCCAGAGACAACCAGAAGAAGAGAUAUAUGUCAAUGCAGUAGAAAGUCACCGGCAGGUCAACCCAGUUAUCCAACUAAACUCAAGGCUGGAAUCGAACCAAACUUCAACUGACAACGACAACAAUGUUUAUGAUGAAGUCAAGUUCACACAUUCCAAACACAUACCAGACACGAAUAUAUAUCGGAAUAUCGAGUCUUAGCAACAUGUCUAUUAUUUUAUGCAAAAACAAAAAUGUUGAACUGAAUGCGAGUGUUGGAUUCUAAUCUAACUAAUAUUGACUUCGUCACAGAGGAAUGUAUAUGUAUGUGUGUAUGGAAAGACUGAGCGAAUGACCGGGACUGAGUAAAUUUGCAUGACAACAGUUGUCAGAGUGUGAUAGGAUCAGCAGGCAAUACAAUUUGUGUUCCUCUUUGUGACUGAAUGAUUGAGGUUUUUUUUUUCAUAUGUGCAGAUGAGAGGGAGGGACUCCUAAAUAAAUGAUGAGAUCCUAUUACUUUCUUUUCAAUGAAUAAAUUAGACAGCUGUAGUAAACAUGUGACGUAGUGAUUUCUUUUUGAUUGCUUUCUUUUUUAAAAAAAAUCGUAUCUUUUUUAGCCAACAUUUAUUUAGUAUAAAGUUCCCCUUUCAGACCUUGCGAUCUGUGGAGCUGAUGAUGUAAAACGUCAUCUUUUUCUGUGACCCACGGUUAACGAGGGUGUCAUGUGGCCAGCACAACGACCAACCGCCUUUACUUUUCCCCAACUAAUGUCAGGUACCUAUUACAGCUGUGUUGACUCAGAGCUGCCCUAAAGAAACCAAAAUUAAAAAUUCCAGUCUUCACCAAGAUUAGAACCCGGAACCCUUGGUUCCAAAGCCAAGCGCUUUAUGCCUUAGCCACUACACCUCCACGUUUAUUUAGCUUAGUAUUUUCUGCUCGUAUGUACAUAUAUAUUUGCUACGCUUGUUUGUAAAUGUAAUCGAUAGAUUCUAUGGGGAUUUAUGUGUGUGUGUGUAUGUCUUAGGCCACUGUAACCUAUGCGGCCGCAGUGGGCCCCGCACUUUCAUAGGCUCCGCGGUGAGUCUAGGUAUAAACUAUUAAAUUAAACCAUUAUGACUUAUAUACAGGUUUUCCGCGGCAUCCUGAUUUCCAUGGCUUCCUGAAAUUGCAAAAUUUAUGAAAAAAUAAAAAGUCAUGGAAAUCUCUUGAAAUUAUUAAAAUCUCUUUAAAAAAAUUGACACAAUUGUCAUUUUGGGGUGACAAUCGUACACGUAAUAUUU